AUGUUUCCCAGCGCGGGUGAUCCCACCGUCGCCGUGGGUGGCUCUGCCCAGCCUUUUUUCCUCGCACAAGGAAUGAGAGGACAGUUGAGCAUUGGAAGUGCUGACGCAUUCCUUUCAGAAGACCUUGACUAUAGCACUAUUGUUCCGGAAUCCACACAGUCAGCAGAGCCUGUGGUCUCUACUGUCUCACUUGUAGACGAAAGUCCUUUACCUGACUUCGAGGAUGACAUAGCAGGAGAUGAGAGAACAGCCACUGUCUCUUCAUUACCAGAGGGUGAAAUUUCCAGUCAAAUAGGAACAGUAGAGUACUCCGAUUUCCCAUCAGACUUUAGCAUGAAAAUGCUUGAAGGAAAAGAUGGGAAUGCUUCAGAAGUGGUCCUCUCAUCUUUGUCACACAUUAUUCCUUCAGAGGUGCCCUCUCCCACUUUACUUGAAUUAGAACCAACUGUGUUGGUUACAAGACCAACUGAAGUAGUUCGUUCUCUUGCUGACUCUGGCCUUGUAUCACAGAUAGUUUCUUCAGAAGAGCCAAUUUCUAGUACAGAAAUUGAACCAUCUGAGUUGGUUAGAGGCCAACUGAAGUGCUUCAUGCUCUUGCUGAUUCAGAGAUAAUUUCUUCAGGAGUGCCAGCUCCUAGUGA